AUGAUCACCGCGUUGUUUGUAUUUGACCCCAAAGGGGAUGUGAUUAUGUCCAAAAUUUACAAGGCCGGAGUGAAGAGAAAUAUCUCUGAUGUGUUCAGAAUUCAAAUCAUCACAUCUAAUGGCAAUAGUAGAGGAACCCUGGACCUCAGAUCGCCAGUGUUGACUCUCGGAUCGACAUCGUUCGUUUAUAUUAAGUCUGGUCAGCUUUGGAUAUGUGCCGUGACCAGGUCCAAUCAGGACUGUGGAGCCAUAAUGGAAUUCUUGUAUAAAUUAGAACAGUUGUUAAGAACCUUACUACUCCCGUCAUCAUCGGCCAGUUCAAUUACCACCCUGAAAAGCCUGCAGCUUGCUCAAUUGAAUGAAGAGCUAAUAACUAACAAUUUUAACCUUGUAUAUGAGGUGUUAGAAGAGGUGGUGGAGUUUGGAUACCCUACAAACCUUGAUCUAAGCUACCUCAAGAACUAUGUCACCAGUGUAUCGUCAAAUGACGGGUUGUUCAAGAGAUCGUUGUCCACUGACAACAGCAAAAUCAAAGAGUACACCAAGGACAAAUUCAACAGUAUCACCAGCAGUAGCAGCAGCGUAGCUCCAACAUCGGUGCCGUCGCAUGUCACCUGGAGACCCAAUGGAAUCAAGUACAGACGGAAUGAAAUCUUUUUAAAUGUUGAGGAGAGUGUGAAUGUGUUGAUGUCGUCUCAAACGGAAAUUCUUAAAGCGUAUGUACAUGGAGCUAUCAAGAUGAAGACUCAUUUAUCUGGAAUGCCGGACUGUAGAAUAGGGCUCAGUGAUGAUGGUAUAAUCUUGAACAAUAAUAGGCAGCAUGACCAGGACCUAAUUGGUUUCGAUGACGAUAUGGACUCUGUAAACGGGACAAGUACAAAGCUAGAAGACAGUAAAUUCCACCAGUGUGUGGAAUUGGACAAAUUUGACUCCGAAAGAGUUAUUCAGUUCAUACCUCCCGAUGGCGAAUUCCAACUUAUGUCCUACCAGGCACUUCACAAUUUGAACCUCCCAUUCGUAGUUUCACCGCAAAUAUUCGAAACGGGUGAUAGGAAACUUCUGUACAAGAUCACCAUAAAGUCGUUGUAUCCAUCCAAAAUAUCCGCAAGAGACGUUUCCAUCACCAUUCCAACACCUAAAGGUGUGGUGAAGAAUUCAACCUCAGCGCUGCUGGGUAAGGCCAAAUUCCACUCGGAGGAGAAUCAAGUCGUUUGGAAAUUCAACAAGCUAUUUGGCUUACAAGAACAAUUUUUAACGGGAGAAGUUGAGUUGGCCAACGAACUGAAUAUAGUGAGCUGGGCCAGACCACCGAUAAAGCUAAAUUUCAACAUUGAUAUGUUUUCAAGCAGCGGGCUUACAGUGAAGUUUUUGAAGGUCGAAGAAAAGAGUAACUAUAGGACGGUGAAGUGGGUCAAGUAUAGCACCAGAGCUGGGAGCUAUGAAAUACGAUACUAG